AUGGGGUUCAAUCAUCUAGCUUUGCCAAUGGGAAGGAAGAUUGCAAAUCUUGGCUACGGUUUCGUGAAUUUCACCACUGCUGUUGGAGCACUAGGUUUCUAUGAGAAAUACCACAAGACCAUGUGGAAGAAGGUCAUUCAGAGCACCAAAAUCUGUGAGAUAACUUGCGCCAAGAUCCAGGGUUUUGAGGCACUGAGGAAAAGUUUUAGACGCAAAAUAUAUCAUGGUCUCACAAACGAUUUUUUGCCUGUGAUCUUGGCUCCUGCAUGUGAUGGAGUGAGGGAGUCCAACCACAUACCUGUAGGACGACUUUUGGGUGCAGCGGAGAUUGAAAACUGA